GUGGCAUUAGUUAAAUGGCGCCUAAAAAGUUUAGAUAAUCAGUCAUAUAGCCUACAUAGUCUCAAGUUCCAGAGUGUCUUUGUAACGUGCGGGGUCGGGGUGACGUCUUGCUGUCCCCAGAUCAGACCAGAGGAUUUGAUUCCUCUUCCUCCUCCCCGCAGCAGGUUUCGCUUCGGGAAGACCAGAGACAAACAACCCUAGCCCAUACUGGCGUGCCGAGGCGGAGACCACCGCGUCGUGGACAGUCAAUCACAAUGCAAAAAAAAAAAAUACGCACUGGACUCGCAACAACUCUUACUGCGGUUCUUCUUCAACAACAAAAACAAUAACAGAGUUUCCCGCACGGAUUACACGCUUCUUUAGAAGGAGGAUAAUAUUUCGACUGGGUUUGCGCGUUUGGAAGGAAAAUGCCCUUCUACAAGCGCACGCUAGUUCCCAAGGAUGUCUGUAAAAACGACACGAAGAGGCCAAAUGCGAAUUUCGGGGACUUGGUGGACGUGUGCGGGUUCUCUCUGUGUUCGGUGCUCCGACAGCUCUCGGAUUUAUCCCGACAGUCCGUCAGCAUCUUGGAAGAGCUCGAGGGCGAGCUCGUGUCUAUCUGUCUCCGGUCGGAAACGCUCGAGGGCAAGGUGAUUAGUUUACAACGGCACAUCACCGCGCUCUCCAAAAAGCCACCGCCAAAGACCACUACCAUCUUGGACGCGGAGUCGAAGCGUAGCGCGUCGGCGGCGGCGGCGGCGGCCCACUUCCGGUCUCCAUGGCAACAGAGUGUUAAUGUGUUUGGCUCGUGGAGCAGGCCGGACUGUGUUCAGGAGUUACACCAGGAGGCUCAGCUUAACCUGCAGAGUCUGCUGCAAGACUUUGAAGAGCAGCUGUAUGACACCAAGUUAACAGGCCAGACGUUUCGCCACCCGACAGCUUCCUCCCAGAGUUCUGACGAUACGUCCACCACCCUGAGUCGUUCCCCUGUCUCCCUCAACAACAAGAGACCUGAAUUCAUCUUCCUGCCGGCGUCUAAGGGGCAGGUGUGUGAGGAGGAUGAGACCUCCUCAGUAGGAAUCAAUAGGGGUGUAGACGCAUUCCCCUCUCCAUCACCCUGUGGGUCAGAUCGCCCUCUGGUGGUGUGGAGUAGUACCUCUCUAGGACCCCCCGUGGCCGAGAAACCCCGCUGGCACCUGGGACAACGGACACCCGCUCACCUGCUCCCCCUCGACGUCACAGGUGAGGGUAAAAUCCUGGGCGUAGACCUCCUCCAGGGCUCCUGUUCCCCCUCUCUGUCCCUGGGCUGCGGCGUCACCGGUCAGCCCCGGUCUCUGGAGCCCAUCUCAGACACCCCUGUCCAGCACCUUACCCUGAGGAAGACCCACAGUGACCUGGACCCCAGCCUCAGCCUGCCCCAGUCCCCCCGGACGCCCCCUCCUACCAUGGGCACCAUGGACCACUCUGCUACCCUUCUCUGCUCCAACUCCCCGUCUCAGUCCUGGAAUGGCCCUAAAGGCUCUACCUUCUCUCCUGGUGUCUGGAGUGAGGCCUAUAGUUAUAAUUUAGCUCCCAAUCCGCUAGGAAAGGGACCGGCGACCAUGCCCAAAACGGUGGGGAUGGUUGGGGGGGUAGGGGGGCAGGGUGGGGGGUUGUUGUGCCCCUCUCAGACCAGUUUGGGACUCUCCGGGAGCUCGGGGUCGCAGUCUCACUCUAGUUCGUUCACGUCGAUAUCGGAGCCGUCCGGUCUCAGGCACCCGGUAACCAUGGUUAUGACGACGGGGAGGCGGAGCGAGACAGAGGGCGCGGCGGCUAGCCCCGCAGGGGGACAGAUGGGGUCAGAAAGAGGGGUGGGAGGAGGAGAAAGGAGGGAGAGGUCGGCAUAUUCCAUCGCUGCGGCCAACGCAUUCAAGUUCCGCGAGCGCUCUCUCUCCACGCCGACAGACUCCGGUUCGUUCUGCUCCACAGAUAACGUCAGUGGCGGGAUGUACAGUGUCACUGCGGUAACAGGAGCCGGUAACGGGACGAACGGGGGUGUUCCAACAGAAAUGCACAGCCACCACCACUAUCAGCUCCGUGGUGAGAAGGGGGAGAGCUAUGCCCUCCUGUAUCCCAGCGGGAGCUCCGAGGACGGUAGCGCCAGCGUCGACAACAUCUCCGUAACCGACGGCAGCUUCCCCCAGGACGGUCGCCUACGGUUACGCUCUCGCUCCAUCUCGCUAAAGAAGUCCAAACACAAACCCCCUCCGCCGGUCCGGAGCGUCUCUCUCAUGAAGAAUUUAGGGGACACCGAUGGGUGUGUACACGGCCGUGACAGGGGUCACUACCGGGAUGGACGCCCAAAAUCCCUCCACAUCCCACGGGAACACCUCCAGGACUUCCAGCCAGACUUUCUCCUACCCUCCUCCUCCUGCCGCUCCAAGCCUGAUCUGGAGGAUCCCGAGCUGGGCUACGGUGGGAUGGAUGGGCCCCCUGGCCUGGAGGUCCAAGGACCCGACAACACGGAGCUGUCCUCCCCAGCCCACUGGCAGCUGGGGGAGUGGAAGUCUUCUGAUCCCUACCAGUCAUGGUCUGGGUCUAGCACCGCCACAGGGACUACUGUCGUAGACUGUAUAAAGGUUCGAGGCAGUUCAGAGUCUCUCCUGGAUUCCCCGUCUACAUCCCGAGCCUCCUCCCCCUCCCUCCUCUCCAUCGAGUCGACCAAAGCCUCCUCCCCCUUCAAACCUCCAGGACUCAUGUCCCCUUCCAGCGGCUACUCUAGCCAAUCAGAGACACCCACGCCCAUCACCCCCUCCAAUCAGGUCGCGGGAACAACAACAGGGCCCGCCUCCACAUUGGGGUGUAAGAUGCGCCCCAAAAUCCCUGAGAGGAAGUCUUCGCUGCCUGUGACCUCGCCGCGUGACCCAGCCUCCCGGUCGAGGCUUUCCUUCGAGAUGCCGGUUAACGCUCAUCUAGACUUGUCCUCCAUCAAACCGAAACAGAAGGCCAGCAGGCGUCAUUCUGACACAUCCACUGCAGCCAAGCCCGGUAAACUGAGUUCCGGCAGUCAAUCAUCUCUCCCCGUGGUGACCACGAACGAGCUCCGGAACAUUCGCCUGCGUUCCGUCUCCCGUAAUGACCUGGAGGACUUCCCAGACGGAGCGUCUGAUGACAUCAUCGAGGAGGAGCAGGGUCGUGACCUUUCCCCCCCGCCCGUCACCCCUGGUGUCAACUCCCUCGGGCCCCUCGUUGCCUCCAAGCCCAAGCCUCCGGUCGCAGUGAAACCCCCGUUACCCAAACGGCCCUUCAGCCUCCUCCUCAAGUGCCCCUCCUCCUCCCCCGUUGCCUCCGACUCCCCCCCUACCUCCCCCAUUGACCCUCCCCGGCCCAUGCCCAACCCCAGCAUUUACAUGGUGGUAGGUAGGAAGCCCAAGCUGAAGAAAGCCCUCCCUUACCCCCCCACUAGCCCUUGUAGACCCCUGGACCAAACCCAAACCUUCCCUCUCCAUCACCACCAGGGUCUCUACAAUCUCCCCUCCUUCCCCCACAUCCAGUCCCUGUACGACCUCCCUCCUCUCCCCCUGCCCCAGCCACUGCUGGAGGACCCCGCCUUGGAGCCGGAGUUCGACCCAGACUUGGAGCUCCAUCUUGGGCCUGAGGGUGGAUGGUCGCUUCCCUCUCCCUGUAGUAACCUGGAGGUGGUGGAGACUCAGGAUAAGAGCAGGACUCUCCCUAGCAGGAUGACCAUCUCCUGUCUGGCCGAACUGGACAAGAAGAAACCCAAGGUUCCUCCACCAGUUCCCAAGAAGCCCAACAGUCUCCUUCUUCCCUCCAACUCCACCACGGUGCAUUCCAACGGUACCACUGACAGACAGGGAACACAGAUGGACGGCCCAGCCGCUCUCCGCUCUCCUGUUGGAGCGUUCCCACCUGAGGAGAUUCCCGGUAAAGAGGAAAACCAGGAAAACCAACUGGGAACAGAUGAACUGGGAACAGAUGAGGAGAGCUCAAUGGAGUCUCCAUUACAGUCUUCAUUGCAUGAUUGUUCUCUUACAGACCUGGAGGGGAGGAUGGCCACUGUAGAGAUAGGGACAGGUGAUGAUGCAGUGGAGGAGAACGUUGAGCAGAGUAGUUUGGACUUUAGUGGUAAAACGGAACUCCACAUCACCGAGGAAACGGAUGAUGAUGUCGGUGGACACACACCCAACACACACAACAUGGAGGACCUCUUCACCAAAAUACACAGGUCGAAGAGAAAAGUCCUGGGUCGUAAAGAACGAGGGGACUCAUUCGGCAGCCGCCAGAGUCUGGUCUCCCCAGUGAAGCACAGCACCAGCGGGGGUGACCUCCAAACCUUGACCCUGGGCUCCACGCUGCGGUCCAGCUCGCGGAACGACAACUUCAUGGCCCUGUUACAGAAGAAGGGCAGUAAGUCCAGCAGGGGAGGGACACGCCUCUCUGCCAUGGAACUCCUCAAGAGCACAAACCCCCUCGCGCGACGCAUCACGGAAUUCUCGGCGUCGUCGGAUGGAGGAGGGGAUACGACCACCGGUAAUAACGGGACCAGACCGCCCCAGGACCAAUGAGUCCCGGACCGACCCUCUCUCUCUCCUACUAAAGAGAUUCUUACUGUAACCUCACCAACACCAAUAGCUGGCUGGCAAAGUAGAGGUUGAAUAUAUAACCACUUGUCAACCAUUGAUCGACCAUGUAAACGGACCGUUGAUGGAAGAAUGAAUAUCCAACCAGACCACUCAACCACUGAUGGACCGAUCAUUAACCGCCCAAGGGUUGGACACGAUGGUCACAGCUGUCAUCAAAAGAGUUUUGUUUCUAAACACGGUCCAUCCUGUUAUGAAGGUGUUUCAUUUGCUAAGGUCUCAACGCAGUCCAACCUGUUAUGAAGGUGUUUCAUUUGCUAAGGUCUCAACGCAGUCCAACCUGUUAUGAAGGGUUUCAUUUGCUGCGUUGGAGGAAUUUUGAGUCAAUGCUUCGACUCACCAAUCCUGUUCACGUAUUUAUACUUUGCUGUGUGAAUGGUACUGUGGAUCCAGGCUCAUUGUGUGAAUACUAUACUAGGGAAAGAAGGAUAGAUUAGAUAAUACCUUCACUCUGGGAGCCUGAACGUAUGACUGGCAAUGAUGUGGAAAUGAAUCUGAUUCAACCAUGGAAACACCACCAAUGUCUACUAUCAACGGGCCAUCCAAAAACUGCCAGAUUACAGGCCAAUGCUGGUAAAAUAAACCACAUUGAACUUAAGUCUUUUGAAUACAUGGUGUGGGUGUGUGUUAUAUUAAAAACGAGAAUGGUCAUAUACUAUGGUUAUUACGGUCCAAAACAUUCUACAGGAAGAUUGACUGUUGGACCUGGUACCAAGCCCUGCUCCUUUACAUUUGAAUCAAAGUAGUUGGACGACAUCAUACAGAGGUAGUUCACAACAACGACAUCAUACAGAGGUAGUUCACAACAACGACGGCAUACAGAGGUAGUUCACAACAACGACAUCAUACAGAGGUAGUUCACAACAACGACAUCACACAGAGGUAGUUCACAACAACGACAUCAUACAGAGGUAGUUCACAACAACGACAUCAUACAGAGGUAGUUCACAACAACGACAUCAUACAGAGGUAGUUCACAACAACGACAUCAUACAGAGGUAGUUCACAACAACGACAUCACACAGAGGUAGUUCACAACAACGACAUCAUACAGAGGUAGUUCACAACAACGACAUCAUACAGAGGUAGUUCACAACAACGACAUCACACAGAGGUAGUUCACAACAACGACAUCACACAGAGGUAGUUCACAACAACGACAUCACACAGAGGUAGUUCACAACAACGACAUCAUACAGAGGUAGUUCACAACAACGACAUCACACAGAGGUAGUUCACAACAACGACACCACACAGAGGUAGUUCACAACAACGACAUCAUACAGAGGUAGUUCACAACAACGACAUCACACAGAGGUAGUUCACAACAACGACAUCACACAGAGGUAGUUCACAACAACGACAUCAUACAGAGGUAGUUCACAACAACGACAUCACACAGAGGUAGUUCACAACAACGACAUCACACAGAGGUAGUUCACAACAACGACAUCACACAGAGGUAGUUCACAACAACGACAUCACACAGAGGUAGUUCACAACAACGACAUCACACAGAGGUAGUUCACAACAACGACAUCACACAGAGGUAGUUCACAACAACGACAUCACACAGAGGUAGUUCACAACAACGACAU